AACUCUUUGAACAACAUGCAGUUGACCACGUUAAUAGUCAGUGUUCUCGGCCUGGGGCUGUUGUUGCUACAGAUGCCGGCGAGUGCCACGCCCGCCACAAUAGCACCCACGAAUUUGAUUGCCACAUUGCCAACGAUUAGGCCUCCGUGUCUCCUGCCUCCUGUUUGUGCCGCACGCAGUCCACGGGUUUGUGGCCGCACUUCCGAUGGCAUGUGUCGCCGCUUCCACAACAUUUGCGAGCUGCUCGAGGCGAAUGGACGGAAUCCAUUUGUCACAAUGAGAUGGACGCAUACGCCCCGCAAGGAUUGCCGGCGAGUACGUGAAACGGGGGCACAACAUGCCUACUGGUGCUAUCAGGACUGUCCCAAUCGAACGGUAGUCUGUCCAAGACCGACGGAGGGUCAGGAGAUCUGUAUCCGUUCCCGGAAUCACCAGGUGUGCAAGUUGAUCGCCAACCGCUGCCAGCUGCUCAAUAACAAUUGUUUCGGGACGCCACGCGACAACUGGCGACAGACUGACAGACGUCGCUGUAUCCAGAUGCAACUUGGUGACAAGCCUCAUGCCUGCCGUCAACUGCCUUCGAUUGAAGUUACAAUCAGACCCUUGUUGCCAACUUCAUCGCGGACAACGACUACGGAGCCACCAAAGGAUCAUGAAACUACAACAACUCUGCGAUCCACUACUGGCAGGUCCUAAACAAAUUCUAUUUUCUUUCUCUAUUUUUCCUGCCCAUUUCUUCUGCUUUUUUUUUUUUUUGUGUAAAUCAAUUAAAAUAAUAAACUGAAAUCUCUACAAUAUUGGUA